AUGUCGUCCGAAAUGAAGAAACUCAACGUCCUGAUGUGUGGUACUGGAGAGUACACGACCGGAUGGACAGGAUCAGGCGCAUCCAAGUCGGACAAGAAGAUUGGUGUUGUUGGACUGACUCUCUUUGACCUUCGGAGGUUGGGAAAGGUGGAGAAGCUCGGCAUGGUUGGAACGAACGGGUCGAAGUUCCCUGCUAUCCGGAAACAUCUGGAUGAGAACAUCGCCCAGGUAUACACAGAUAUGGACACGACGUUCGAUGCAUUUCCAGAGGGCGCUGUAGUGGAUCCCGAAGCCUACAAGGCCGCUAUCGACAAAAUGUCAGCUGGGGAUGCGGUUGUAAUCUUCACCCCCGAUAGUACACAUUACCCUAUCGCUCUCUAUGCGAUUGAGCGAGGUAUCCAUGUCCUCGUCACCAAACCCGCUGUCCAGCUCCUGGCUCAUCAUAAUGAUCUUGUCGCUGCUGCAAAGAAGCACAACGUCGUUUGCUUUGUAGAACAUCACAAGCGCUUUGAUCCGGUAUACAGCGAUGCGAGAGCUCGGGCUGCAUCUCUGGGAGAGUUCAAUUUCUUCAGUGCAUGGAUGAGCCAACCGAAGAGCCAGUUGGAGACUUUCCGGGCGUGGGCUGGCAGAGAUUCUGAUAUCAGCUAUUAUCUGUCGUCUCACCACAUCGAUAUCCAUUGCUGGAUCAUGCAAGAUAAAGCCAUUCCGACGCGCGUGACAGCAAGUGCUGCGACGGGUAUUGCUACCAGCGAGCCAUACAACUGCGUGCCCCAGACAGAAGACACGAUUACGCUCCUUGUCGACUGGCAAUCUCUAUCGAGCUCGAAACAUAAGGGUACGGCGGUCUACACCGCAUCGUGGACCGCCCCCAUGAAGUCCGGGGUUCACUCUGCACAACACUGGUAUUACAUGGCCGAGAAGGGCGAGAUCAACGUUGACCAAGCCCACCGUGGAUAUGAUAUCGUCAACGACGAGUCAGGCAAAGCCUGGUACAACCCAUUCUACAUGAAGUACUCUCCGUCUGAGAGCGGACACUUUGACGGCCAGCGGGGUUACGGUUACGUUUCAAUCGAGAAGUUUGUCGACGCCGCUCGGAGCGUCAAUGCAGGGCUCACGACGCCGGCGGAUUUCGACAGCCACGGCCUGCCGACGAUCGCUAACACUGUUCUCACUACUGCCAUCCUCCACGCUGGCCGCAUCAGUCUCGACGAGAAGAGGCCUGUCAACAUCAAGCGUAGUAACGACGAAUGGAUUUUGGAGUAG